AUGCUUCCCCAUAUUUCAGCGGCUGACCCGGUGCACGGAGGAUGGUCGGACUGGGUUGACAGUGCGUGUAGCGUGACCUGCGGCGGCGGUACCCUGACCCGAACCCGAACCUGUGACAACCCAGCGCCUGCAUUCGGGGGUGAUGAGUGCUUGUUUGAAGACGGCACCACACGCGGACUGAGCGAGUCGAAGACCGUUGCCUGUAACGAGGACGCUUGUCCAACCGGAAUGCCGACCAUCAUGCCGACAGGAAGCUCCUGUAGGCCAUGUGAAAAUCCACCACCGGUACCAGCGACCUACGAAACUAGCACCUGCGCCGGACAGACCAAUAUUCCUUUUGGCACUAUCUGCGUCUUCAGCUGUCCAGUCGGCUAUUCGGGACCGCCUGAGGCCGAGAGGCGGAUGUAUUGCGAGAACAGUAACUGGAGGUGGUCUGUGAACACACCCUGCACGGCUGACCCGGUGCACGGAGGAUGGUCGGACUGGGUUGACAGUGCGUGUAGCGUGACCUGCGGCGGCGGUACCCUGACCCGAACCCGAACCUGUGACAACCCAGCACCUGCACACAUGGGUGAUCAGUGCUUGUUUGAAGACAACGCCACACGCGGACUGAGCGAGUCGAAGACCGUUGCCUGUAACGAGGACGCUUGUCCAACCGGAAUGCCGACCAUCAUGCCGACAGGAAGCUCCUAGACAGUCUUUGAACAACGUGACUGCCCAACUGACACUACCGGUGAAAAAAUGGACCAUGAGACGAUGUUAAAUUCCAGCAGGAAGAAACCAUGGCUAGAAGUUUGCUACCCCCCUCCCCCAGUAUGUUGCUUCUAACAAAUUAGCUAUAAUCUUUCAAACCAUUAUUAAAGGAGCUUAUCAACAGAAUGGUACAACUACAAGACUAUCGUGAUUUAACUACAGAAUAUUUUCUGUCUUUUGUCAUAUCUAUAAUCGUUCUUUCAUAAAUCCGCUCAACAUUAAAUAGCACUAUUGCAACCUCCAAUCAUGAUUCCAUCUUCUAUACUUAAUUAGUCCGUCCCUAAAAUUUGACUAUGUUUUAUUUUAUCCAAUUGUUCAAACCUUAAUCCACAAACCACCAAUGAGCUCUCACUUUGUAUUUCUUAGGGCAAAACUAAAUUGAUCCCUUAUUUUGUGUCAUCAUUUUAAAUUUCCCUUCUCGGCAAAAAUGGUUUGUUUUUUUACUUGUUGUGUUCUUAAAAAAACAAAAGAAACAAAACGUUCUAAAUUCAAAUUGACAUCACCUUCAGCUGAUGGUGACGUCAUGGGUCCCUAAUAAAUCGAUGACAUUUAAUAUAGAUUUAUUAAGAUUAUUUUCGGUGAUAAGAAUAUCAGUAUUCAUUUAAUAAAAAAAUCAUAUAUUAUAUAAAUCUUUGUAGAUAUACUUAUAUGCAUAGCAAAGAUCAAAUUAUUAUGCUGCAGGUCAAAGGAUUUUUUUUUUGCUUAUUCGAAUUCAUUUGUUAUGAUGUUCAUUUAGAGGUAAAACAGUGAAGAAGCAAAAACAUCGAAAACCAUGUACAAGUCUAUUCGCACCAAACUUAUUACCUCAUUUGCAUAGUUGUGACCUAAUUUACAUGUUUAGGCCAUCUUAUAUGUAGGCGAAUGCCGAAAACAAAUUAACCCCAAGGACUAUGAAAUUACUAAAACCCUUUUUGCAUAUUUUGAAAUAACUUAAAGUAAAAAGAAAUGACUUAAAUUAAAAUCUAGAAAGCAACCACCUUUUUUUCGGACCCUUUCAUACAUCUAAAAGAAUUCAAGAACAAAAGAAUUCGCAUCGAAAUGCCAUCAUACAAUACUAUUACCGAAUUAUAGUGAUAUUUUUCCAAAAUAUACAACAUAUAUAGUACAAAUAUGAUACAUAAUAUUUUACAGGUGCGCUUAGCUUGAGGUCAAAUAAAGCAGAUAUUUUGAAAAUGAUAUUAUUGGUACCAAAGAUAAAUAGUGCAUCAGAGUGAUAGCCUGCAGCAGACUCAUUGGGCUAUCUGAAAAAUAGCCAAAUAAUUGUCAGAAAUAGGCUGAAUAUUGUACCAGAGACGUUAGUUAAACAACCUGUAUUUCCUAUGUGUAGGUAUGGCUACCUAACUCCUCUGCCAAAUUCUUUAGCCUAUAUGGCCAUUUGGACAUUUGCUACUAUUUUUCACGCAGCCCAACAAGUCUGUAAGAGACUACAAAAGUUUAAGAUGUUAUUUGUUAACAAUAAAGUUAUAUGCUAUAUAUAGCGCUUAGUUUUGAGGCUGAUAUGUGUGUGUUACUGUAGGGAUAUUGCCUGCUAUAAAUACAACUAAAUGCUACAUAAUAUAUAUGGGUUAUUCUCCAAUCAAAUCUUCCAUCCCGUGGCAAAAUCGUAACUGCUUGCCCCGCCCACCCCCUUCAAAACAUAGAAAUGUCACUCUCUCAUUGGUCGAACCAUUAAUAUUUGCCAUUCUUUCAUUGGUUGAACUGCUAAUUGCCAUUCUCUCAUUGGAUGGACAUUCAGGGUCGGUCUAUGGCCCACAGGACCUAUUCUUUUUGGCAGUUAUACGAUUUUGCCACUGCUUGGAGAUAAUAUAUGGGUCAUUUUCCUAACUUCCCAACUUAAAUUUCUCCUCUGAUUUUCUUAGAACACUUACCACUGUACCGUACAUAAGCGAAUAACGCUAUAGGCUAUUGCCAAUGUGGAAAGUAUUUAUUUAGACAUAUACGUACAAUUAAUUAUAUCAAGUAUUGUAAAUGCAAAUAUUUUUACCUAACACAUCAAAAAUAUGUGGAUAGGUAAAAAUAUUUGUAUAUUCGUGAUAUUGUACAUCACAUUCCAGUGCUAGGAUUAAAUAAAAAACACGAUUUUGCAAGAGAAGAAUGAUUUAAACCCGGUAUGUUUCUGAGAUAUGCUGCACCGGAAUGCGAUAUACGAGUUAAUCUCCAAGCAGAUCAUAUGGUGACAAGGCAGUAUCGGUGGCCGUGCAAACUCCUCUGGCUAAUGGAUACUGCCUUGCCACCGAAAGGGAUCUGCUUGGAGAUUGAUACAAGUAACUAUCUCUUCUUCCGUUAGGCGCUUUUAAUAUGCCCUGUAAUUGUUUCUACUAUGUGAAUUAAACUGUUCUGUCCUGAA